GCGUGCGCGUGCGUGUGAGUGGUUGUCAAAAAGUCAGACAGGAAAGUCAGAGAGUGCAAGAGCAGCUAAAUUUCUUUCCAAAUAUUGAAGUCAUUGCAUGGAGAGUUUUGACUAUUGAAGAGAACUCAAAUAUCAUCUUGAGGAGAAUAUGAAAAACAGCAUUUUGCUCGUCGGCCACCUCCUGAUAAUAAGUGCUGUGGGAGCUGCUGUAGAUCGAGUGUCAUUCUGGAGGGAAGAGUUCACAAUGACAUGCCCAGAGAACGGGAUCUGGUUCAAAGCAGGAGGGUUGGUGGACUCUGGAAAUACCUGGAAGUCCUACACGCUUCCUUACAAUGGCGAAAACAAAGGCCUUUAUUAUUGUGAAUACACCAACCUCAAAUAUUAUUUCUACGUGGAAGGGAAAGUGUGCUCCAAUUGUUUUGAGCUGGACGCGACAACGUUCGGGUUGGUCAUCGCUGCCGAUGUGAGCGUAACGAUUAUACUGAUGGUACUCAUCUACAAGUGCGUCAAGCCCAAGAAGAACAGCUCACCGGGUGCCAAGGGCCCUGCCCCACCCUCUCCGGAUUACGAGCACCUGAAAAGGGACAACGGCUCACGGGAUCCGUACUCUUUUAUCAACAGUCAUCAAUCAACUUGAGGAAACUGUCACACGUCACAAGCUGGAACUUUUCACCAGGGAUGAGAAACAACUGGGGGGGGCUGCAGGGAAACAUUUUACACUUUUUCAUGUUAGUAUUCUGGCAGCUCCAUAUAAUCAUAAGUGCACAAGAAGCUCACUCAUCAUUUUAGCAUAGCUAAGGAAAGAUUACGACACAAAGUGGGAUCAUGGCACAGACUUGUUCAGAUGGGGAUUUAUCAGACAACCAUACUAAAAGUUCACCUAAAAUGGAAUAUUUUACAGUAACGUGAGUACCCGUUUGCAUUUGUGAGAUUGUUUUGUAUCAAAAUACGCCAAACACUAUGCACUGGGCGUAUUGGCCUGCCUGCAAAGGUUCCAAUUGGGGUUCUAAGGUCAAAGGUCAUCUGUCCCAGGGUUCUGGAUGACCUCUGAUUUGUAUUGAGUUAUUUAAAAAAAAGUAAUUCACAUUGGACAUAAUUAGAAAUGAAAUACAUCCAUUACUCUUUUACCGGUCCAACUGUCAACUUCCUAAGAUGGUUGUAACUGUACAGGCAAAUCUCUUAGAUUAUAUUUAACAUUUUAACUUAGCUUUAGUCACAGAUCUUAUAGAGAAGUGCAGAGGAAAGCUAGAAGAUUGCUGAAGGUGAGCGGACUUCAUUUGUUACCGGUUACACAAGGCGAGACAUUUAUAUUAAAACAUCCAUCCACCCAUUUUUCAUGCCGGUUAUCCUCACAAGGCUCACAGGUGUGCUGGAGCCUAUCCUAGCUGUAAUAACAAAUGAUUGUGAACUCCCCUAUAAAUUUAAUGAAUGCGUACAUAUCAUUAUGAGUAAUUUUGUAUUAUUUACUGGCAUAGAAGUCCUUGAGUUGUCGACUUAUUGUCGCUUUAGCCGUAUCGUAGUGAGCAGCUACCACAAAGAUGUGUCCAGUGCUUCCAAGUGUCCCACCUCACAUGUUCUGUAUUUGUUUCCUAUCUUGUUAAAUCAUAGUUGACAACGAUUGUGAGAAAUAAUAAACCUGAUGAGUGUCUUCAAAUAGAUGAAUAUAAUUUUAAAAAAACAGUCAUUUGAGCAAAUGUAUUAUAUCAGAAGUGUGUAUCAAACUGGUACCUCUCGUUUUCCAAAAAGUUGGUGACCCCUAAUUGAGUUGAGGUGUCACUUGCCUGAUGAGGAUGAGCUGAGGUUUUGCGGGAUGAUGUCAUUCACAAUAUGGGUAAAAUUGAGCAAAUUUUGACAUUAUCAUUACACGUGACAAUGUAUUUGGAAAUGUGAAUGCUGUAGUUUGUCUUGUUUUCCAUCAUAUUGAUGUUACAUUGUCCAAGUAUGUGUGUAUGGGUUUUUGCAAAUAACUUUGGGUUCAAAUCGUAGUUGGACUUCAUGAAAUUGGUUGCAUCUACAGUACAACGUUUGUUUGUUAAACCAAAAUUGCUAUACCAUACACAAAUGUCGAACAUGUUGGACUCCUCAAAAUUUAUGCUUUAUUUAAAACAAAAAAAAUCAUGCUUGUUUUGAAUAUGUAAUGAAAUGUACAUUAAAUACUGUCUACAUGACAAUCAAGUGAUUGUCAAAAUAUUUAUGUUCAAUAAAUGCAGUUACUGUUCUCUUA